CAGUUGGGGAGAAAUGCUUUUUGUUUAUGGUUAAGAAAGUUUUUUUUUAUUUUUAAUUUAACAAAAUAUCAAAUAAUUUAGAUAAAUAAAUUGUACAAAAUUUGAUGGCUUUUCCAAAUAUUAAUGCUCAACAAGAAACAAAUAGAAAAAUUUUAGAAGAUUUGCAACUAAAGAAGCAACUUUUACAAAAAGGAGUUUCUCCAGCAAAUUUAACAUCACCGAGCAUGACACAGUUCAUGCCCACAAAUCAACAAACAUCUAACAUACAAGCACCCGAUCAGAUACCAUUAAAUUCGACUGCGCGAACUGCUUGGCAGCAAGCAACAACACAGUCUUUUGGAUUUUUUAUACCCACUGACUCUGCUUUCGGAAAUAUAAUAUUACCUGUCCUACCACGUUGCGACACCCCAAAAUAACAGUUAAUGUAGAGGAAAAGAAAAACUUUAAGCAGUCAACUUAAGCAAACUUUUAGAAGAAAAAAAUACAUAUACUUAUAUAUACACGUAUACAUGUUUUAAUUGUAAAUAGUUUAUUUUUUUCUAUUUUUAAUAAACAAUUUAAGAAC